CGCAUUAUCAUUAAAAUGACGGAGAAAGAACAGAGAAGACAAGUGCUUUCUUUGAGUGAAACGUUGCGUGGUUUUGAGAAAAGUUUGGGGUUUAAGAACGAUAUAAAAUGGAUCAGUGCUAUAGUCAUUACUCUAUACCAUGUAGCUGCAGUGUACUGGAGUUAUCAUUACGCAUUUCCCGUGAAAUGGCAGACGAUUCUGUUUGCUAUUUUAAUGUAUAUUAUAAGCGGCUUUGGGAUAACAGGAGGAGCACAUCGGUUGUGGACGCACAGAGCAUUUAAAGCCACCCUGCCUUUGAAAUUGUUCUUUCUAGCGGCAUUUGCUAGCGCUGGACAGAAUUCUUUAGAGCAAUGGGUUAGGGAUCACAGAGUGCAUCACAAAUACAGUGACACGGAAGCAGACCCUCACAAUGCUAAUCGAGGUUUAUUCUUUUCUCACAUUGGUUGGUUGAUGCUGAAGAAAAACGACCAAGUGCUCAUCCGUGGUAAACAACUUGACAUGACCGAUAUAACUGGCGACCCCUUGCUCCGGUUUUACAAUAAAUACUUCAUCUAUUUCAAGCUCCUAUUUUGUUAUAUCUUACCUACAACACUGACCAUAUACUUAUGGGGAGAAAACUGGCGUUGUGCGGUAGCGUGGCAAUGUUUCAUUAGAUUCCUAGGCAUGUUUCAUAGCGAGCUUACCGUGAAUAGCUUAGCACAUGCCUACGGUUACAAACCUUAUAACAAGAACAUUGUACCAAGAGAGAAUCGAUUCGUGGCUUUUGUAACGCUGGGUGAAGGCUGGCACAACUACCAUCACGUGUUCCCGUUCGACUACAAAGCAGCUGAACACUUCGAUCUUUUCAAUUUCGGGACAUAUUUUAUACGCCUUUUUAAUAAAAUCGGGUGGGCGUAUGACUUGCGUGAAGCGACACCUGAAAUGAUUAAUAGCACAGCAAAGAGAUUAGGUGACGGCACACCCGUACAUUUUCCACUUCAUGAUUAUUGAUUUCAUUCAUUUUAAGCAUAAUAAGAAUGUUAGAGUUUAAUUAUACUAUAAUUUUGAUGAAUGUCUCUGUGAAAUGAUAGUAUAUACGUCCAUUACACGUUGUAUACGAUACACUACCUAAUCCGUAAUCGGAACAAUUUGUUGCUGUGCUUGAUGAUUUAUAUUGUAUUAUUUUACUUGUGAUAAAUAAACGACAGUUUUAAUUGUAAGAAUUAAAACGGAAGAAAUAAUAUUACCCAAACAUUUUAGUAAUAACACUAGACUUAAUGAAUGUUAUCUGCAGUCUUACUUUUUAGAGUUUACGAUAAUAAAACGUUAAUAAACUAAGUAUAAAAAUCA